UUAGAAUUAUUAUAUUGAAUACCAUAGUUUGUUUUUUCUAGAAAAGAAUGAUUUAUAAGAAGUAGUGUUCAAACACAAACUAGUACUUAAACACGCGGUCUAUUAAAGAACAUAACAGCGAAUUACGAUACAAGAAAAGGCACAUAGAAACAAUACAAUUUUUAGGAAAUACUAUCCUUGAAUUGUGUAUUCCCAAACGAUCUAUGGUCAACUAUUGUGAAACUAGCUAUUGAAAAUCAAGAAAAAUGUCCUAUGAAAAAUAUCAUAGUUUUCAAGGUGUGAAAAUUUGACCAACAGGUCAAGAUGACUCAACAUUGGAAUGGACUUCGUUUGAUAUCAAGUGAUUGCAGAAAGUCGGUAAGAAGUUAUAAACUAAAUUUUUCGCUAGUUACCACUGGUCAAUAAGUUGUAUCUCAAUUCUUUGGAGUAUUGAUGAUCUCUUGCAUAAACGUGUAUCAACACCAUUCAGCUUUAUAAUUAGGUAUGGUGAAAAUAAGCUGACGAGUGUAGACAUGGUCGAAAUCUAGAGAUCAUUGUUUUAUACUUAGUUAUCUAAAAAUAGAUAAUCAGACUAGUGAAGACUAAACAAAAACCGGAAAUUUCAGGUUCAGUAAAUUAUAUGAAAAGACAAUAUUAUGAAGAAACAACUUAAGUUCCGUUAUUUUUGAAGUUAGAAGUCACUAGCUACUAUAUAAACGAAAAUUUCUAGAAAGAUCUGAAAAUUGAAUUUAGAAGAAAUGCGAAAUACUUUUACUAGAAUCCAGUAUGUACGAGUGUCAUCUUAUUUGAAACUUGUCAGAUGGAAGUGUCUGUAUCUCAGAGUUGAUAUUCAAUUAUUACAAUACGAAGGUGCUCAAUAUGAAAGGCGGGUAUAUAGUUAUAUACAUAUAUACCGUAGUGACAUGGUUAAAUUUGAUCUAACUUCACAGAAAAGCUGAAUCACUACAAUUUAAUGUUCAACUCUUCUUCAACACAC